UCUCCAUUGAUUUAAAAUUACUUCAUAUGUACAUAGGAAAUAGUUAUUAUGAAUCGAUUUAAUUACUGUGCAAUAUCAAAUGAGAAAUAAGAAAAGUAAAUUUUCGAAAAACAUAUGUAAAUAAGUAUGUAAUAGGUGGGUUUAAGAUGAUUACAUUUUCAGUAAUCAGUAUUAUUCAGAAAUACAAAUUUGUACAUACCUAACUGUAUAUCUGCAUUAUGAAUCAUUUAAAUUUAUAAUUGCCUAUUCAUUUGUAUAUAUAUACAUAUUUUGUUUAAUAGUUGUAUUAUGUUUACAAUUGUUUAUUCAAAUUCAUAAUGGCUGUUACACGUGGUACAGAUUUUUUGACAGGACAUUGGUUUGACAUAUUAUUAAGAAUUGUCUUGGUAGUAUUAUUCAUCGAACUAGAAAAGGCAGAACCAUUCACACGAAAAAUUCAUGAAGAUGAAUUAUGGUUAUAUAAAAAUCCAAAAACUGAUUCAUAUGUACCAACUACAGUAUUAUGGCCUUUGGUUUUCAUAAUGCCAGCUAUGGUGAUCUUGCUUACUUUUUUAGUUUAUAAAGAUAAAACUGAUAGCUAUCAAGCAAUAUUGUGUGUAACUUUAGCAUUAGGAUUUAAUGGUGUUAUUACAGACAUCAUAAAACUUAUAGUUGGCCGUCCUAGGCCAGAUUUUUUUUGGAGAUGUUUUCCUGAUGGCAAAGUAAAUUCAGAUUUUAAAUGUAAUGGAAAUCCAGUUGCUAUAAGAGAUGGCAAGAAGUCAUUUCCAAGUGGACAUUCUUCGUUUGCAUUUGCAAGUUUCGGUUUUAUCGCACUGUAUGUAGCUGGCAAGUUACAUACAUUUAGCUUAAUAGGCAAAGGACAGUCAUGGAAAUUGUGUGCAUUUAUAUUACCAAUUGGCAUUGCUCUUGUAAUUGCAUUGAGUAGAACUUGUGAUUAUCAUCAUCAUUGGCAAGAUGUGGUUGCAGGUUCAAUAAUAGGAUAUUUUUUAACAUAUAUAUGUUAUAGACAUUAUUAUCCACCAUUAGAUUCACAAGCAUGUCAUAAACCAUAUUCUGUGCUUACUUUGCAAAUUCAACUGGAAAAUACAAAGAACAGGAAUGAACAGAUUAAAUGGAUUUAACAAAAAAGAGACAAACAGUGGUAUUAAAAACAAAUUAUGACGGUUUUGGUCAUUUAAUAAU